CGCACGUCAAUGUGCCUUGUUUCCGGGCUGCCCUACCUCGACAAAAGUUCGGAAUGCGCUUUUCAACGAUCGUCUUAUUUCAGUUACCCUUUCUUUCUUAAACCGUCCUUUUCUUCCCCAAGUGAUACAUGGAAUUAUAGUGAGCCAAGUGCCGAGCUACUCUUGACCAUGGCCUCGCGCUUCUCUGGCUCCGGCCAGCUACGAACCACACUGGCCACACUGGCCACCAGGUCCGUCCGCGGGCCAUGCUCAUCGUGCGUUCUUGGGAGAGGGAGACAGGCUUCCUUCUAUGCGCGUCGACGAAAUCCGAACUCGAACCUGAACCUCUUUUCAGUACGAUCGUUUUCUCAACGGUCUCAACAGCGACCUCGCUUUUCUUCCCGACUCCGCGCUGCCCUCCGGGACUCCAAGACACAAUGGUACCAGCUACCUAUUGGUGUCGGCAUUGGCUUUGUGGGACUGAUGCAGUUCUACAAGGUCACGACAAGAGAGAAGGAGAAGGAAGAACUCGAUGAAGUCACUGGUGCGGCCGGCAGGAAGCCGAAUGGGAGGGAACGGAUCCGGCCAGAUGGACCUUGGCAGGUCCGGGCCAUGUCCACCUUGCCGCUGAAGGCCAUGUCAAGGCUAUGGGGCAGGUUCAACGAGCUGGAUAUCCCGUAUUACUUACGGGUGCCGGGAUUCAAACUCUACUCUUUCAUCUUUGGCGUCAACCUUGACGAGGUAGCGGAACCUGAUCUACGUACAUAUCCCAAUCUUGCCGCCUUUUUCUACCGAAAGCUCAAGCCGGGAGCUCGUCCCCUGGAUCCGAAUCCCAACGCCCUCCUCUCCCCCUCGGAUGGCCGCAUCUUGCAGUUCGGUCAGAUUGAAGGCGGGGACAUCGAACAGGUGAAGGGCAUGACAUACAGCAUCGAUGCCCUUCUGGGGAAGCACACGCCGACGCCGAGCGUCGCCCACGGUGAGCACGGUCGACCGAGUGAGCGCCACAUCUCCGAAAACGAGGGCCUCAUCAAGACGGACGAGGAGUUUGCUCGCGUGAACGGCAUUUCCUACACCCUGCCCAGCCUGCUCUCUGGCGGUCGCCCGUCCGGCAGCACGCAGACGGAGUCGCCACCCGACGAAGCCGAACGGGAGGACUCCCCUGCCGCCAUCUCGGCCGUCCGCGCGGACCUCGCACUAGGCGAGAAGCCCUGGUACGCACUCCUGGCGCCAGAGGAGAACAGGACGGCGUUGUAUUACGCAGUGAUCUAUCUCGCGCCCGGAGACUACCACCGCUUCCACUCGCCGGCGAACUGGGUGGUCGAGCGGCGUCGCCAUUUCGCCGGCGAGCUCUACUCCGUCUCGCCGUACCUGCAGCGGACCCUGCCCGGGCUUUUCACGCUCAACGAGCGCGUCGUGCUCCUCGGUCGCUGGCGCUGGGGCUUCUUCUCGUACGUGCCCGUGGGUGCCACCAACGUCGGGUCCAUCAAGAUCAACUUUGACCGCGAGCUGCGCACGAACAGCCUCACCACGGACACGGAGGCGGACCGUGCGGCCGAGGAGGCGGCGGCGCGGGGCGAGCCUUACCUGGGGUUCGCCGAGGCGACGUACGCCAGCGCGAGCCGCGUGCUAGGCGGGCAUGCGUUGCGGCGAGGAGAGGAGAUGGGCGGGUUCCAGCUGGGGAGCACAGUGGUGCUGGUCUUUGAGGCGCCGGUCGAGCAAGGAUCCGACGCGGGAGAGACUAAGGGAGGUUGGCGGUGGAACGUGGAGAAGGGCCAGCGGGUGAAGAUGGGCCAGGCUCUUGGGUAUGUGGAUGAAGAAUGAGGGGGAGGCCACGGCAAUGGACAAGACUACUACAUAGACGAGAGCCUCGCCUGUCAUUCCAUUGGAGGAGGAGAGAGAGGAGAGAGCAGGGGCGUAUAGUUUGGAGAAAUUUCGCGGAAGUCAAUGAGAUAGAUCCUGUAUAUUAAUAAGCAGUUGGCUCAUGUAGGAUAUCGUAUAUAUGUAUCAAUACCUUGUCCAUCGAUCCCAUUGCGAUCACGGUG